CGUUGGCGAGCGUGGUGACAGAGAAAUCUAUUCGUCCCUUUGCAUUUCGGGCAACCAUGGCAAUGGUUUGAGACCGGUCAAAGGUGUAUCGAUCGAUGAAAUUGGCGACUCAAAAUUUCUGUUACAGUUCUACCAUGAAGGGGAUAUCAAUCGGGUACUUCGAGAUGAACCUUGGACCUUUGAACAAAAUUUUGUGGUAAUAAGGCGUUUAGGGCAGGUGGAUAGACCACUUGAGGUGGCUUUGGAUAGCGCUGAUUUUUGGGUUCAGAUACAUAACCUACCUCUAGGCUUUAUGACUGAAAAAGUUGCAUGUGGUAUCAGAAACACAAUUGGUUCGUUCAUUGUAGUUGAUGAGCGCACGCUAGGAGGUGUUUGGAGAUCCAUCUUGCGAAUUCGGGUGACCAUGAAUAUCAAGAAAGCAAUAGUUCGCCGAUUACAUAUAAGGAAGGAGGGGGUAACUGGUUUUGGGCAGAGUUUAAAUAUGAGCGUCUUUCAAAGUUCUGCUUCAUUUGUGGAAUUUUGGGACAUAUUGAUCGUCUUUGUCCAUCCGAUACUCACUCCGGAUCUUGGAUAAGAGAGAGGCCAUAUGGGGCUUGGAUG